AUGCUGCCUGGCUUGGCACUGGUCCUCCUGGCCGCCUGGACGGCUCGGGCGCUGGAGGUGCCCACUGAUGGCAAUGCUGGCCUGCUUGCAGAACCCCAGGUCGCCAUGUUUUGCGGCAAACUGAACAUGCACAUGAAUGUGCAGAAUGGGAAGUGGGAGUCAGACCCAUCGGGGACCAAGACCUGCAUCGGCACCAAGGAGGGCAUCCUGCAGUACUGCCAGGAGGUGUACCCUGAGCUGCAGAUCACCAAUGUGGUGGAAGCCAACCAGCCAGUGACCAUCCAGAACUGGUGCAAGAGGGGCCGCAAGCAGUGCAAGACCCACGGCCACAUGGUGAUUCCCUACCGCUGCCUAGUUGGCGAGUUUGUCAGUGAUGCCCUCCUUGUCCCCGACAAGUGCAAAUUCUUACACCAGGAGAGGAUGGAUGUCUGCGAGACCCACCUUCACUGGCACACCGUCGCCAAAGAGACCUGCAGUGAGAAGAGCACCAACCUACACGACUACGGCAUGCUGCUGCCCUGCGGGAUUGACAAGUUCCGAGGGGUGGAGUUUGUAUGUUGCCCGCUGGCCGAGGAAAGUGACACUGUCGAUUCAGCUGAUGCCGAGGAGGAUGACUCAGAUGUCUGGUGGGGUGGAGCAGAUGCAGACUACGCAGAUGGGAGUGAAGACAAAGUCGUGGAAGUCACAGAGGAGGAGGAAGUGGCUGAUGUCGAGGAAGAAGAAGCUGAGGACGAUGAAGAUGAUGAGGAUGGUGAGGAGGUAGAGGAAGAUACUGAAGAACCCUAUGAAGAGACCACGGAGAGAACCACCAGCAUCGCCACCACCACCACCACAACCACAGAGUCUGUGGAAGAGGUGGUCCGAGAGGUGUGCUCUGAACAAGCCGAGACGGGGCCGUGCCGAGCCAUGAUCUCCCGCUGGUACUUUGAUGUGACCGAGGGGAAGUGCGCCCCCUUCUUUUACGGCGGCUGCGGCGGCAACCGAAACAACUUUGACACAGAGGAGUACUGCCUGGCCGUGUGUGGCAGCGUCAUGUCCCAAAGUUUACUCAAGACUACCCAGGAGCCUCUUUCCCAAGUUGCUGUUAAACUUCCUACGACCGCAGCCAGCACCCCUGACGCCGUGGACAAGUAUCUCGAGACACCUGGAGAUGAGAAUGAGCAUGCCCACUUCCAGAAAGCCAAGGAGAGGCUGGAGGCCAAGCACCGAGAGAGAAUGUCCCAGGUCAUGAGAGAAUGGGAGGAGGCAGAACACCAGGCAAAGAACUUGCCUAAAGCUGAUAAGAAAGCAGUUAUCCAGCAUUUCCAGGAGAAGGUGGAGUCGCUGGAGCAGGAGGCCGCCAACGAGAGGCAGCAGUUGGUGGAGACACACAUGGCCAGGGUGGAAGCCAUGCUGAACGACCGCCGCCGCCUGGCCCUGGAGAACUACAUCACUGCGCUGCAGGCCGUCCCCCCGCGGCCUCGUCAUGUGUUCAACAUGCUAAAGAAGUAUGUCCGUGCGGAACAGAAAGACAGGCAGCACACCCUAAAGCAUUUUGAGCACGUACGCAUGGUGGAUCCAAAGAAAGCUGCUCAGAUCCGGUCCCAGGUGAUGACACACCUCCGUGUGAUUUACGAGCGCAUGAACCAGUCUCUCUCCCUCCUCUACAAUGUCCCUGCUGUGGCCGAGGAGAUCCAGGAUGAAGUUGAUGAGCUGCUGCAGAAAGAGCAGAACUACUCGGAUGACGUCUUGGCCAACAUGAUCAGCGAGCCGAGGAUCAGCUACGGGAAUGAUGCCCUCAUGCCGUCGUUGACCGAAACCAAAACCACCGUGGAGCUUCUGCCCGUGAAUGGAGAUUUCAGCCUGGACGAGCUCCAGCCCUGGCAUCCAUUUGGGGUUGACUCUGUGCCAGCCAACACAGAAAACGAAGUCGAGCCUGUUGACGCCCGCCCUGCUGCCGACCGAGGACUGACCACUCGACCAGGUUCGGGACUGACCAACAUCAAGACGGAAGAGAUCUCGGAGGUGAAGAUGGACGCGGAGUUCCGCCAUGACUCGGGAUAUGAAGUUCAUCAUCAGAAACUGGUGUUCUUUGCAGAAGAUGUGGGUUCCAACAAAGGAGCAAUCAUUGGCCUCAUGGUGGGCGGCGUUGUCAUAGCAACAGUGAUUGUCAUCACCUUGGUGAUGCUGAAGAAGAAGCAGUACACGUCCAUCCAUCAUGGUGUGGUGGAGGUGGACGCCGCCGUGACCCCCGAGGAGCGCCACCUCUCCAAGAUGCAGCAGAACGGCUACGAAAACCCGACGUACAAGUUCUUCGAGCAGAUGCAGAACUAG